ACUGGCGUGCGCGCGGUGAAAGGUUAUCGUGUAAACUCGGAAUUGUGCACUCAACGCGAGUAGAACGGCGCUAAAGUAACCAAAAUGGUGAAAACCCGGCACGGGGGCGACGUGGAUACUAGUCCAGGAGGAGAAAUUCUUUCUCUCCGUUCCAGAAAUGCCAAGAGAUUUUCAAGAAGUGAUGCAGAGGACAAUAUGUUAUCUAGUGGGGAUGACAACACUCCCAGGAGCAAGAGACAAAGGAUCGUUUCGAUGAGAGCAUCAGGAGGGAACUCAGAAGAGAGUUCAGGAUACAGAGGCAUGACCAGAAGAAGCUAUCACAGUUCAGUGGCUUCCCCUCCCACCCCUGAGCAGCGGACCAAGGGCAAAGACAAGAGCAGCCCCGACUCAACCGUGCCCAGCAACCAGGCCCCCUCCACGUCAUCCAAGCUGACGCCCAAGAACCAGAAGGAGUUUGCGUUGAGUCGAUCCAGGGAGUUCCGUAGUCUCACCAAGGAUAGCCACGUGGAGGUGAUCGAAGAGGGGGACGAUGAGGAUGGUAUACGCCGUAGCCGACGACCAAGGAAACAGAUUUACAGCACCAUGAAUCAGAACCUCCUGACUGAAAUGAUGUUGGCCGGAGGUGCAAACCCGAGCCCUGAAGAGGUGAUCGUUCGCCGGAAGAAGCCCCUGAGACCACCUAGGAAAGAAGAAACUAAUGAUGAGGAGGAAGAAGAGGAGGAGGAAGAUGAGGACGAGGAUGACGAGGAAGAAGAAGAUGUAGAAAAUAGUGAGCCCGGCACUGACAUGUACUCGCGUAUCAAGAACAGGCAGAUAGCGAAGAAGUUGGAGAGACAACAAGAGAGGGAGGAAAGACAACGUAGGCAGCAGGAGAAGGAGGAAGAGAAACUAAAGAGGAGACAAGAGAAAGGGAGUGGUGAUGAGGAGGACGAGUCGGAGGACGAUUCGGAGGACGAUUCGGAAGAGGAGGAUGAUGAUGAAGAAGAAGAAGAAGAAGAAGAGGGAGAGGAGCCACAGCCCCAGUAUUCUCUUCGUCAGCAUCGUCAAAUCACUGAUCGCUAUUCAGCUCCAAUGUCAGAACCCAUGAGGAAACGCCAGCAGAAAUAUGAGGAUUUCAUCAACCCGCAUUCUCCUCUAAGAAGACGUCAUUUCAAGCAUAAGAAGCACCUUACCCCAGUACAUAGUCCCAGGAUAAAACGAAGGACACACCAUGGUGCCCGUGAUCUCUCAUCAACCAGCUCAGAAGGCUCUGAUGACGAGAGAAGGUUUGAACGCAGGAAGAACAAGAGCAUGAUGAGAGCCAGAAACAGGUGUCUUCCAAUGAACUUAACUAAGGACGAUAUGUCUGGUGGAGUCAUCAAGGACAGACAGAGAAUAGGGGGUAGCCUGGCUGAUGUAGAUCCUAUGAAUAUUGAUUCAUCGGUGACCUUUGACACUGUAGGUGGUUUAGGCUCACACGUCCAGGCUCUGAAGGAGAUGGUCGUCUUCCCCCUCCUCUACCCAGAGGUCUUUGAGCGCUUCAAGAUCGCCCCGCCCCGAGGGGUGCUGUUCCACGGCCCCCCUGGGACGGGCAAGACCCUCGUAGCGAGGGCGCUAGCCAACGAGUGCAAGCAGGGCGACAAGAGGGUAGCUUUCUUCAUGAGGAAAGGAGCCGACUGUCUCAGCAAGUGGGUCGGAGAGUCGGAACGUCAGCUCAGGCUACUCUUUGAUCAGGCCUUCACCAUGCGUCCGUCUAUCAUCUUCUUCGAUGAGAUUGACGGUCUGGCCCCGGUCCGGUCAAGCCGCCAAGACCAGAUCCACAGCUCCAUCGUGUCCACCCUCCUGGCCCUUAUGGACGGUCUGGACAGUCGAGGGGAGAUUGUGGUCAUCGGAGCGACCAACAGGAUAGAUGCCAUCGACCCUGCGCUCAGGAGACCAGGACGUUUUGAUAGGGAGUUCCUCUUCCCUCUGCCUUCAGUCGAGGCAAGGACCACCAUCCUCAACAUCCACACCAAACAAUGGAAUCCGAGGCUGUCAGAAGCUUUUGUUUCAGAAGUUGCUGCAAAGUGUGUCGGUUACUGUGGUGCCGACCUCAAGGCGCUAUGCACCGAGGCAGCGCUGUACGCCCUGCGACGCCGCUACCCUCAAAUCUAUACCUCCAAGGAAAAACUCCAGCUGGACGUGACCGAGAUCCAGAUCGGCGCUGUGGACUUCCACCAGGCCAUGAAGCGCAUCGUACCGGCCUCUCAGCGGUCAGUGGUCAGCCCUGGCCGUAGCUUGACCCUCCACGUCCGUCCAUUGCUGGAGAACCAAUUCAAUGCUGCACUGGAUAUUCUACGUCAUGUCUUCCCUUCGGCUUUAUAUAAAGACAAUAGUACUUCACAAGAGGAAUCUUCAGAUCCUCUGACCGAUAUGCUGCACAAUGAUGACUGGGAGGAGGAGGAGGGAGGGCCCAGUAUAUUCAACGGCCCCACCCCGAGGAUGGGGUCCAAGAAACACAGCCUUUCACACACAUCCAACCAUUCAUUCCUCAACUUUGCAAGUACUUCCUACCAUAGACCACACGCCCACCGGCCACGCUUCCUCAUCACCGGGCAGCCUGGGAUGGGGCAAACCUCGCACCUCGGCCCGGCUCUCCUGCAUCACAUGGAGAGGCUCCCUGUACACUGCCUUGACCUCCCAGCAUUGUACGCAUGCAGUGCAAAGACACCAGAAGAAUCGUGUGCUCAGGUAUUCCUUGAGGCACGGCGCACCAGUCCUAGCAUCAUCUACGUCCCUCACAUAGGCCAGUGGUGGGAGGCCUGCUCCUCAACGUUGCAAGCAACUUUCCUCACGUUGCUGCAAGAUCUACCUCCAUCAGCCCCCAUCCUCCUGCUAGCUACCUCAGACUUUCCGCUCAGGGAUGCUCCAGUCGAGAUGCAGUCUCUUUUCACUGCUGGUCAUGGUGAGGUGAUGAAGAUGAGACUCUUCAAGAUGGAUGAGAGGAGAGAAUUCUUCAGGGAUCUCGUCCUAGUACAAGCCACCAAGGCUCCACACAGGAAGAAGAAAAUUGCUUCUGCAGCCCUUGAGAUCCUUCCUGUAGUCGCUCCCAGGGAACCUAGAGAACUGACAGAGGAAGAGAUCCAGAAACUCAUCAGUGAGGAGGAGAAGAAGCUCAGAGAGUUGAGAAUCUUCCUCAGGGAUGUCCUCACCAGGCUGGCAUCUGAGAGGAAAUUCCGGGUCUUCACCAGUCCUGUGGAUCCUGAAGAGGUUCCAGACUAUGUUGAAGUGAUCAAACAACCCAUGGACCUGUUCACCAUGAACAACAAGAUCAACCUCCAUCAGUACACCAGCGCUAAACAGUUCUUGGGGGAUAUAGACCUCAUCACCAGCAAUGCCUUGGAAUACAACCCUGAUAGACAACCUAGUGAUCGCAUGAUUAGGAACAGAGCCUGUGAGCUGAAGGACAUGGCCUAUGCCAUCAUCGACGCCGAGAUGGAUUCCGAUUUCGAGAAGGAGUGCGGCGAGAUCGAGGAGUCGAGGUCCAGGAGGCAGGAGAACCCGACCGUGACCGCCGCAAUGGCACCCAGCUUCUACAAGACAUUCCAUCAGUUGACCCUAACGCAGGCGCAGGAACAGGCCAGGGAGCUGGCCAACCAGAAACUAAAACCGCAUCAGUUGGAUUCCUCCAGGGAGGAGGAUGGAGAUGGAGGGACCGGUCGACCAAAGAAGGUCAAGAAGAAGCACUCGAAGCGAAGAAGUGCUUGGUCCAGAGGAUUCUUGUCGAAGAUUAAGAAGAAGAAACCGGUUGUUGAUGAAGAGGAAGACAGCGAAGAGGACGAUGAGGAGGAAAGAGAGGAGGAGGAGGAUGAUGAGGAGGAAAGAGAGGAGGAGGAAGGGGAAGAGGCAAUGGAGGAUGGAGAGGUGGAGAUCUUGCACAAUGGACCCCUGACAAACGGGGAUAUCUUCAACCACCAAGAAACCAGUAACCAAUCUGCUGAAACAUCCACUGCACCCAGUACUCUGUCCCAGAUCACCGACGAUACUCCUAUCGCGACACAGCGCUCGCCUCGUCUCUCCCACGGGCUCGAUAACCACGACAGUGACCGAGAGAGUGUGAAGAGCGGGCCGUGCUCCCCGGUCAGCGAACAUGUAAUUGGGCGUCGGUCACUGCGUAGGAACAGCAAUCAUGCGGCCCCCACGCACCAUCAGCUCCAGAAUGGCAUCAGCAGCGAAGAGUCUUCGGAGAUUGAUCCUCCCACGCUGGAGAAGGUGGUGCCGUUCCAAAGGGUCAAAGGUGAUAGGUCAAAGACCAAAGAGAUCAUAGAGGUCAUGGAGGUUGAGAAUGGAGAGGAGGAGGAGGAGGAGGAGAGAAGACAAUAUGAAGGAGACACGCCUACCUCAGCUGAAUCAACCAAAGGAAAAGACAGCAGUGCUACCCUGAGGCGAUCAAGCCGUCGGCCUACAAAGAAUCUUCAGAAUGACCCUGUGGCAGUGGCAACAGUAGCAAGGAACAUUCUCGAUGAACCUGUACCGGAACUAGUGGUUGAUCAUGACAGACUCAAGCGACUGUUAGAGAGCGUAACCCUAGCAACGACAAACUUCAACAUUGAGAAGCUGGAGCGAAUGUACAGCGUACUGAGUCACCAUGUCUACCGGCACAGAAUGGAUUACGACAAGACCGAGCUUAUUCAGGAUAUGGAGCAGGAGGUGAGGAAUAUCACACUUUACCCCCUCGACUAGGAGACAUUGCCUAGAGGACAUAAUCUUCUGGGAGGCAAGUCUAGGAGACAUCAUUUUGGAGACAACGUCUAGGAGAUGCCGUCUAGGAGACAUUGCCUAGGAGACAUCACCUUGGAGACGCCGUCUGGGAAACAACGUCCAAGAGAUGUCGUGUAGGAGACAUUGCCUUGAAGACAUCACUUUGGAGACACUGUCUGGGAGGCAACGUCUAAGAGAUGCCGUCUAGGAGCCAUUACCUUGGAGACCCCGUCUUGGAGGCAACGUCUAGGAGAUGCCGUCUGGGAGACACCGUCUAGGUGAUGCCAUCUAGGAGACAUUGCCUAGAAGACAUCACCUUGGAGACACCGUCUAGGAGAUGCCAUCUAGGAGACAUUGCCUUAGAGAUACCGUCUGGGAGGCAUCAUCUAAGAGAUGCCGUCUAGGAGACAUUGUCUAGAAGACAUCACCUUGGAGACACUAUUUGGGAGGCAACAUCUAAGAGAUGCCCACAUUGUCUCUAAGACAUCAUCUAAGAGAUGCCGUCUAGGAGACAUUACCUUGGAGACCCCGUCUUGGAGGCAACGUCUAGGAGAUGCCGUCUGGGAGACACCGUCUAGGUGAUGCCAUCUAGGAGACAUUGCCUUAGAGAUACCGUCUGGGAGGCAACAUCUAAGAGGCAACAUCUAAGAGAUGCCGUCUAGGAGACAUUGUCUAGAAGACAUCACCUUGGAGACACUAUUUGGGAGGCAACAUCUAAGAGAUGCCCACAUUGUCUCUAAGACAUCAUCUAAGAGAUGUCAUCUAGAACUAGAAGACCCCUUUUGACGACUGAUUCACGUAGACACUUUCACCUUGCAGUACAUGGAUGUCUGAAUGAAUGAUGAUUGUUUGAAUGAUGUUGGCAGACUGGCCAAGCCGACACAAUUUGAUAUGCUUUGUGUUUGUUGACACAAAAUUGUGCUGAAUGGAACGGUCCCUGGAAAUCUUUAAAAAGAUUGAUUCAACCAAUACCAAGGUUAUUCACACAUUCUUCUUUUUUUCUUUAAAGAAAUAUUUGCAAAACCAUUAUUCUAUUUUUUCCUAUUUAUAUAGAACUGAAUGUCACAUUUUAUUUUUGCAAACUUUAUGAAACAGAUGUACUUCUGAUUUCAAUUUCUCAUAUGCAACAAUAACAAUCCCCCUUCGUUUUCUGUAAAUGUAUGAAUAUCAAACCUCAUAAUGACAAUUUAUUAAUGGAAUAUAUGAUUGUUUUGUGUGUAUUACAACAUUGUCAUAAAAAGCAGUUUACCAUGAAAGUCCGUUUUGUUAAGAACAAUUCUGUUGAUAAUUAUUUUACAAAGAAAAAAAUGUACUGCCAUGACUUUGCAAAUUUAUUAUGAGCCCAGAAAGAUUUGUCUUGUAGCAUAAAAAUAUAAUUAUGAUUUGUCCAGAUAGAAUACCAACGGAUGGUACACAAAGAAAGUGCAACCUGAAAAAGUGUGUGUUUUUUUCUUCUUUUUAUGUGCAGUUAAUUUUGAAAUUUGAAUAAAUUUGAACAAAAUCAUUACUUAUUACUGUUUAUACAUGCUCAUGUACAUAUGGUACAUUCACUGUCUGUUAAAGCACUCCAUUACCAAGGGGAAUUCCCUGUUUGAUCAGAGGGGAUUCCCCCUGCUUGAUGCUAGGGGAAUUCCCCCAUUUGACUGUAGUGUCACAUUUUUUUGUGUGUACAGGGUAUCAUAAGGUGUUGCAUUUAUUUAUUGUCUCAUUUGUUUGUGCCACGAGUGCAAAAAUAAUCGGUCAUUCACGUUAUAUUGGUCUCGCAAACUGAUAUGUGGACACUUGAAAAUAGUAUGACCUUUGUUGAUUAUUGAAAGAUUAUUGAAAAA